AUGGGACGUUACACUAUUCAAAAGAAUCUAGUUGAUGGUACCACUGUUUACAAACGAAGUCCUCCUGCCGUCGCUCGUCCUCCCGUCCUUCCCGCUCAUGCUCAAGGCGCAGGCGAUCGUCCACGAUUCCAAAGAUUUCAAGCAGUCCGUCGCCAAGCGAACCGCUAUGAACCUUACGUCAGCUCUGGACUUCGCGGUGAAAGAAGAAAUCAAGGAAUGGAGUUCGAUGUUUCGACCGCUUACCAAGUUGGACCAAAUGGAGGUAGACCUGCUCGCAGCCGUCAAUCCGUACACUUUCAAGUUGGAAUUGCAAAUUUCAACACUGGCCGCGACACCAUCGCGUACGCAAAUGAUGAGACCGAGCAUUAUAAGUUGAACCGCGCAAAGUCCGAAGAUAAGAUCUAUAAAAGAAUCGAACCACUGGUCCUCAAACCAAGCCGUUAUCGAGUUAAAAAGCUUUCCUCGUCUACGUACCUUGAUUUGAUGCGUUGGGAACUCAGCGUUGAUCAUGGAAUCGAUGU